AAUUACCUAAUGAAAUAUUCGCACCGCCAAGCCGACUCUCACCACUCGGCGCUACAGUCCCUCCUCCUAUCGUACUUGUCUCUGCAACUCUAUCUCUCUCUCCUACUUUUUCUCUGAAGAAGGAAAAAGAAAAGGAUAAAGAAGUAAAGAACAAUUCCAUGAAAACAAAAACAGAGAUACUUACCUCAUACACCCAUAAAAAUCAAAACCCAACUUUAUCAGUUAUCACUCUCCCACCGAAAUAUCUCUAACAAAUUCUUCACUGUCUCUGUUUUCUUUCUCUAAGAUCUUUCUUCACCUUCUCUCUUGCAUGGCUUCAACCGUUCUACUUCAGCCAUGAAAUCCAAGAACCAUCAUCAGCCAACCCCCGUCUGCAAUGGCAACACUAGCGAAAGCAGCUCACCGAGUCCGCCACCCUCGCCUCGCCGGCACUCUGCUGUGCCCCAUUGCCGCCGGCUGCUCCGCUCCAAGACUUUUUCUCAGUCCCGCCGUGAGAGCUCCGUCGCCGGCAUUAUUAUUCGGCGUGGUCUUCGGUACUUCCUGCUUCUGCCUCUGUUCUACAUCUCUGGACUGCUCAUGUGCGUGGGUCCCUUCUCUGGUCUUGUGUGGCAGGCUCCUCUCCCUGGUUCAGUCUACCGUAGCCACGAGAUCUUUGAGAAGCUUUGGCACGAAAUUGAAUCCGAUAAUUCCUCAGCUAUUGAGUUGUCUUCUGUAUGGAGAUACAAUAGGAGGCUGAAAGAGCAGAAACCUUGUCCAAACACAAGCUAUAGACACCAUUUUGCUACAAAACGUGAGUCGCCUGACCCUAGUGGCUACUUGAUUGUUGAGGCUAAUGGCGGCCUUAAUCAACAGCGCUCAUCGAUCUGCAAUGCAGUGGCUGUAGCUGGGCUUUUGAAUGCAAUACUAGUCAUUCCUCACCUUGAUUUUCACAGUGUUUGGGUGGAUCCAAGUGAGUUUGGGGAUAUUUAUGAUGAGGACCAUUUCAUAACCACCCUCAAAGGGUUUGUAGAAGUGGUCCAGGAGCUACCGGAGGUAGUGAUGGAAAGAUAUGAUUACAACAUUACUAAUAUACCAAACAUUCGAAUUGAAGCUUGGGCUCCUGUAAGUUAUUACUUGGAAGAAGUUUAUCCAGUCUUACGCAAGCAAGGAGUUAUUCGCAUAGCCCCAUUUGCUAAUAGAUUGGCAAUGAAUGUUCCUCCUCGUGUUCAAUUCCUGAGAUGCUUAGCCAACAACGUAGCAUUGAGGUUCUCUUUUCCUGUUUCAACUCUUGCUAGGAAAUUAGUUAAACGAAUGAUUGAGAAGAGCUCAAGAACUGGUGGAAAGUAUGUUUCUGUCCACCUUCGUUUUGAGGAGGACAUGGUGGCCUUCUCAUGCUGUCUAUAUGAUGGAGGAAAAGCUGAAAAUUUUGAAAUGGACUUAGUUCGAGAAAAAGGGUGGAGGGGAAAGUUUAGGCGUAAAGACCGUUUAAUUCAACCUGGUCUCAAUCGAAUUAAUGGAAAAUGCCCUCUAACUCCUUUGGAGGUAGGAAUGAUGCUACGGGGUAUGGGAUUUGAUAACAACACUUCAAUUUAUUUGGCCUCUGGGAAAAUAUACCAGGCGGAGCGACAUUUGGAUCCUCUACUAAAGAUGUUUCCCCUUCUCUAUACCAAGGAGUCCCUUGCAACCUCAGAUGAGCUUGCACCUUUUAAGGGCUAUUCUUCAAGGUUGGCUGCAUUGGACUACACAGUAUGUCUGUUUAGUGAAGUUUUUGUGACAACUCAGGGUGGAAACUUCCCCCAUUUCCUGAUGGGUCACAGGAGAUUCCUCUUUGGUGGACAUGCUAAGACCAUUCAACCUGACAAGCGGAAGCUCGUUAUUCUGCUGCAGGACAUGGAUAUUAGUUGGAAAGCUUUCAAGAAUGAGAUGGAAUCAAUGCUUAUCGAGAGUGAUCGGAAGGGGAUGAAUGUACCCAGAAUUAAAAAGUCCAGAAGAAAGUCUUCCAUCUAUACCUACCCUUUGCCAGAAUGCAGGUGUCUCCUGGAAUCACAAAACUCAACAAUCAAAUUUACUCAUACUACCCACAUGCUUGAUGAUGAGGCUGAAUCCGUGGUAUAAAGAACACACAGCAUGCUUCAGCAGCUUUCUUCUGUGCAGAACCAUAGACAUUGUACUUUAUCUGGCCUUGAUCCCUCUUUGAUUUUUCUUAAGCCCCUGUUAAGUGUGGAACCUGUGAUGCAAAGGCAGGUAAGUCAUUGCAGUUGUACAGGUGAGAGAUGCGGGUUUCCAAUUUUGGCCUAAUGGGGAAUUCUUGGGUUGCUGCCCUUGUGAAGGUUAUGAAACUAUUUUUCUACACCUACAUAUAUGUAUAUAUAAAUGGUUUAAGUCAUUAAUCUAA